AAUUUUCCUUUAGAUUCCAGUUACGUGAAUGAGCUGUGGUGGUCUAUUUCAAAGGAACGAUGUUCUCCAAACUGAAGAACUACGGGACCAUGGAUAAAGACCCGCUCUUGAAAGGGUUCGACCCUACCAUGGCUGAUAAGACGGGACAACUGAAGGAGCAAUACUACACUCCGCCGCCGAAACUGGGCAAAUGGGAAGGCUUCAAGAUUUUCCUGUGGAACUCCGAGACAGGGCAGUUCCUAGGGAGAACCGCAGGAAGUUGGGCCAAGAUCCUACUGUUCUACUUUUGUUUCUACUCAGUCCUGAUCGGAUUCUUCUCCGCUAUGUUGGCCAUCUUCUACCAAACACUGGACUCAAAGGUGCCCAAAUGGCAGCUAGAUGCCUCUCUCAUUGGCAGCAACCCAGGACUUGGGUUCAGGCCAAUGCCCCCAGAGAGUCAUGUUGAGAGCACACUCGUCUGGUUCAAGAAGACUGACACCAAGAACCUCCAAGUAUGGGUCAACAUGAUUGAUGAGUUCUUGCAGCCUUACAAGAACCGGUCUGUGGGUGGUAAUGUUGUAAACUGUGAUUAUGAAAACUCUCCCCCAGAAGGUAAAGUCUGUUAUGUGGACAUUAAGGCAUGGGAACCCUGCACGAGUCAGAAGAACUACAGCUACGGCGCAGGCACCCCUUGCAUCUUCCUCAAGUUAAACAAGAUUUACAACUGGAACCCAGACUAUUACGAGAAUACCGAACAACUGCCAGAAAAGAUGCCUCAAGAUUUGAAGAACCAUAUCUCAUCAGAGACAAGUUCUUCACCAAAUGCCGCUAAGACAGUGUGGGUGUCAUGCGAAGGAGAGAACCCGGCAGAUGUGGAGAACAUUGGCUCCAUCCACUACUUCCCCAAGAGGGGAUUCCCCGGUUACUUCUUCCCCUACAAGAACCAGGAAGGAUACUUGAGCCCUGUGAUUGCCCUAUGGUUUGAAAGCCCCACACCUGGAGUCUUGAUCAACAUUGAGUGCAAAGCUUGGGCUAAGAACAUCUUCCAUGAUCGUAUGGAGAGACGCGGCUCUGUUCACUUUGAGCUCAUGGUGGAUUAAAUCACUCGACCAUCCGUUGUUAGUCACUCAGUGUUUUAGAGUUGCAAUUGAAGAAGUAAUAAUGAAUUUGAUGGUUCUAGCUGAACAAAACUCGUCUAUGUUAAAAUCAGGACUGCUACGGUCGGCGUGAAGUAAAUUUUGAGUUUAGCUAGUCGUCUCUACCAAUCGCGUCGUAGGUAUUCAACCAAAACUUUGUUAGUUGCAAUCUACAUGGAUAUUAUUUGGUGUUGCGAUAGUUUCCAUUUAAGUUGUUUUUGUACAUUGUAAAACUGAGUCUUAGUAGGGUGGAUACCUUAAUCAUUGAUUGUUAUUAUUGUUAGUUUUUCUCGUGUAUACGAGAAUUGAACAUUCCUUUUACAAAUUUUGACCAAUUCGUAAACAAAUCAUUAUGUGUUCUUUCGUUAGGUGAUGUACAAUGUUAGACAUUGUCCUAGAGUUACUUAAAAGAUAUUGUCCGGAUCAUAAAUAAUCUGAAAGGCAAUUUUAAAAUAUGCUCAUAACAAAUUUCCAUUUUAAUUGUCACUCACAAAAUAUACUAACAUUUUUCAAACAUUUCUCUUACAUGAAAACCCCUUAGUCAUUGAGCUCACUCCAUGGAUUACAAGAUCAUUUUUUAGAGCAAAAAUGUGUUAGUUCUCCCAAACUUGUUCAUUUUGUAAUUUAAAAAAACGCAACAAGAUAUAUUUGUGCAAUAGUUUUGUUUGAGAAGUAAUGUUUAAAAAUUCUCAAUGGAUCUUUCUUGCCUGUACACAAGUUUUGUACCUUAGAAAGUCAGCAGUUGAAGUAGUAGCGCCAGUAACAGCGGAUUGCUGUCACUUUCCCAUAACUUAGUGCAUCACUAACUGGAUAGCGCAGUUAGUUGGUGCUAGUACAUAAGCUGCCACAGUUUGCAUUAUAUUCUUUUAGUGUUUUAGAACCACUUGUCUAGAUCUAGUCAUAGAAAAGUCGUAGGCUUUUGAUAAUCCUUAAAAUUUGUUUGAAAAGUAUGAAUGGAAAAUACUCUUCAAGUCUAAUUGAAAUGUGUUACUAUGAAAGGCUUCUGAAAGAUUCUUAUUUUACCUUUCCAUUUGGAUUACCAAAAGCCUGCAGGGUUUUAUUAGUGCGCUUUUGAUUCGUCACAUUUUCCUUUCUUGCGUAUCAAUACGUUUGAUAAAAGUGUUCUUUGUUUUGUGUACUCGAUAAUGUGUUUGUCAAACGUAAUAUAUGCUGUUUUUGUUUACCUCUUACUUUGUCUAUAGAAGUAGUGAGUAAUAUUAACUUAAAUUAAGUUGAAAGAUUAUCUGUAUUAAGGUAUUGUACAGUAUUGUCAAAGACAGGCUGUUUUUGGCCUUAUUAUUUUUAAAUACUUUAAAAGUAUAAGUUAUGUUGUUGUUUAUUAUGUUUUUUGUUUUUUAUAUGGACUUUUAAAUCAAAUAUGGGAUGGAGUAAUGUUUGGAAUAAUAUGGGAAGAAAAUGUCUGAAUAGGUGAUAAUGAUGAGACUCUUUACAAAGAAGUAAAUAAUUCAAUACUUUAUACUUUGGUAAUAACCACAUAAAUUAAUGUGUUUGGAAAUAAUCAAUAUGUACAAUAAUUGUACAAGAAAUAUGUUUAUAAGUCACAUCUUUGUAUAGCUUUGUUGUGACAUUAUAAAAACUUUUCUGGAACAAAAAAAAUACAUCAUGUUAUAACUGAUUGUUGUAUGAAAGUAUCUACAUCAGUUAUUUGAACAUGUAACUCUUAUCUGGUGCUCAUAUUGAGCGACUAAACAUUAAUUUAACACAAAAGAUGAAAUAUUGAUAUGUGUUUAUGUGGCAUUAAGGUAACUCAAGGAAGGUUAAUGGGUUAAAUUAUAACAGUUAUAUGCUUAUUGUUAAUUUUGAUGGAAGUUUUAGAUCACUACCAGUACAGGUACUGUUAAUCUUCAAGGUUUUACCUUAAAUAGAAUUAAUGAAAUCGCUAAUUAGUUUAACUAACUACAUUUCAGAAUCUUUUACAACUAUUCAAAACUAAUAUAAGCUGUAAAAUUUUCUCUAGUACCUGUUUCAUUAACUGUGAGAUGUUUAAAAGUUCAUUGUUUAAACUAGAAGAAGAAAGCUUAGGUAAGAAAAGUUUAGGUUUUGCCACAACAGUAUUACCUAUAUUGUUGUUUGCAAAAUGUGUUGUGUAAUGUUAUCUCAAAAUAAAAACUUUAUUAUUUACUGUA